AUGAGGAUCCCGAGGUCAAUCCUACUAGAAAAAGAGGAUCUUCCAAUUGCUGGGCCCUCUCUAGCAACCCCUAAGGUGCUUGGUGUUCUUCCUUCAACACCUUCAGUGACUUCGGAGGUAGCCCCAUCUAUUCCUCUAAGGCCAACCUCGGUUCUUCCUCCUAUAGAAGAGAAUUCUCUUCUUACCAACACUACUCUAGCUGCCACCAAGAUGUUGAGCAUUGAAUCUCGAGCAAACAUCUUCAAGUCAGCAACAUUUAGUGCUAAUGAUGAGGCUGCUAUUGACAUCAACACCUUUCUUGGUCGAGUUCAGAAGUCCAAGAAGGCAUCAAAAGAGAGCAAGACUAGUUUGGUCAUUGCUCACAAGAAGUUGGAAGAACAGGGCUCCCAGAUCGAUCAGCUUAAGUCUUUAGAAAGGGAUCUUGAGGAUAAAUUGAAGCUCCUAUCGAGCUCUAGAGAGAUAGAGCUCGAUAGGAUAUUCGAUGUUGUAGACUCUACCAAGUCAAAGAAAGAAAAAGUUGAAAAGGAGGUGGUUGAGCUAAAGUUAGAGCUCGAGGAGUUGAAGCCAACUAUAAAGGCAAAGGAUUAUAUCAUUAAAGACCUGAAGACUGAGUGUGUCGUGAACUAUGCUAAGGAUUAUGAAGAAUUCAGAGAUCAAGCUAAGGAGAAUUUUGAUGAUUUUGAAUUUGACUUCUUUGUGCCUUUGCUUUCUGAUGAGAAUGUUGAGAAAGUUGGAGAAGGUCAAGCUGAGGGAGAUUUGGAGAAGCGGACCUCUGACAUUGAGUUGCAUGUUAUUGAUCUUGACUCCUCCACUGCCCCUCCUAUGCCAGAAGGGACUGAACAACAGACUAGGGGAGCUGAUCUAGUAAGUUGA